UGUAAACUUCCUGUCCACUUCCUUUCAUUUUCCCCAUUUGUCACACACUUGCGUUUGUACCACUUUCCUCUGCAUUUCCUCAUCAAUGUCCGCUGAGAAUUUGGCAGCAAAAUGGACACGCAAGUGUGGCAAAACCCUCCUCCACUCCCUCACCUGUCUCGUCUUUCUUUUCCUGGACUUUCUGGACGCCCUUCUUUGUGUGCUUUUCGAGUUAGUUGAUGAGUUCUUCGAAGGUGAAGCCCGCACUCCGUGUUACUGCGGAAACGACGGAGAGAGAACGUUAUCGGAGAGUCUGUAUGGGAGGAGAGAAAGUUUUUCAAGGAAAUGGAAGAUAUCCAGAAAGAAGAAGGAUGGUGGUGUCGAUGGAAGUUUGGUGGUGAAUCGAUGGUCUGACUGUGGAUGCAACUCAUGUGCUUCGUGGACCAAGCAGGGCCAUCCUCACAAGCUUCAUGUUAUCGUCAAACAUCUUCCGCAAGUUGGAACUGAGGUCCCAACAGGAGAUCAAGCAGCUGAAAAUGUGAUAUUUUUGCACGGGUUCCUUUCAUCUUCUUCAUUUUGGACAGAAACAGUUUUCAGCCACCUAUCCGAAUCGUGGAAGGGUCAUUACAGGCUAUUUGCCGUUGAUCUUCUGGGAUUUGGAAGAAGUCCGAAGCCAAAUGACAGUAAGUAUACGUUGAUUGAUCAUGUUGAAAUGAUCGACAAAUCCGUCAUCUCGCCAUUCCAGUUGAAUUCUUUUCAUUUGGUGGCUCAUUCCAUGGGCUGCGUAGUUGCUUUGGCCUUAGCUGCUAAAUACCCCAACUUCGUCGGAUCAGUCACGCUUGUUGCACCACCAUACUUCCCUUCUGCAAAAGAUGGAGCAAGAACUUCACUAAUGGCGCUCAACAAACUUGCUGGAAAGACACUGUGGCCGCCGUUAGCGUUCGGCAAAUCCGUCAUGUCGUGGUAUGAACAUGUGGGAAGAUGUUUCUGUUUCCUGUUUUGUCGGAAUCAUAGGACAUGGGAGAUGAUUCUCAAGCUAUUCACUCUUCGGAGGGAACUGAAUUUCUUGGAAGUGGACUUGACAAGGCACACACAUCAUUCAGCAUGGCAUAACAUGCACAAUACGAUAUGUGGGGGAGCAACUUUGACGGAUGAACAUCUGGAAAUUCUGAACAAAUCAAAAUCUGUGAAGGUUAGCAUCAUCCAUGGUGACGAGGACAUGGAAGUACCUUUGGAGUGCAGCAAGGACAUGAAGAUGAUGUUCCCAGAAUUGGUGGAACUCAAUAUUGUUCAAAAUGCGGAUCAUAAAUCUGUAAUUUUCCGUAGAGCCAAGGAUUUUGCCAAGGAUUUACAACGUAUAUGGCCAUCCUAACACAACUGCACCAUUUAAAAUUGUCUCCACUGUUUAAUCAUUGUUAGCCAAAGGCUGUACCACAAAUUUUGCUAUUCAGUUUUCUGGCUUGUGCUUUUCCUCUCUCUGUGUA